GAGCAAGCUGGUGUCAGAGUCUGGACCUAGAGCACUGUUGCAUGGGAAGCAGGAGGAGGGUCCUGCCUCCAGGAAUAGAUGGCCUGGCAGAUGAUGCAGCUGCUGCUUCUGGCUUUGGUGACCACUGUGGGGAGUGUCCAGCCCAGGAGUGCGCAGGCCAGGACGGACCUGCUCAACGUCUGCAUGAACGCCAAGCAGCACAAGGCACAGCCCAGUCCCGAGGACGAGCUGUAUGGCCAGGUGGGGGCUCCUCAAGGGCCCUCCCCAGGAAGUAUUUCUCUGGAUGACCUACCUGGGGCAGAGGAGCCAGAGUAUGGAGGAGAUGGCUGUGGUAGGGAGGGACUUAGUCCUGUGUCUUCCCCACCCAGUGCAGUCCCUAGAAGAAUGCCUGCUGCACGGCCAACACCAGCCAGGAGCUGCACAAGGACACCUCCCGCCUCUACAACUUUAACUGGGACCACUGUGGUAAGAUGGAGCCCGCCUGCAAGUGUCACUUUAUCCAGGACACCUGUCUCUAUGAGUGCUCACCCAACCUGGGGCCCUGGAUCUGGCAGGUCAACCAGAGCUGGCGCAAAGAGCGCAUCCUGAAUGUGCCCCUGUGCAAAGAGGACUGUGAGCGAUGGUGGGAGGACUGUCGCACCUCCUACACCUGCAAAAGCAACUGGCACAAAGGUUGGAAUUGGACCUCAGGGAUUAAUGAGUGUCCGGCCCGGGCCCUCUGCCGCACCUUUGAGUCCUACUUCCCCACUCCAGCCGCCCUUUGUGAAGGCCUCUGGAGCCACUCCUUCAAGGUCAGUAACUACAGUGGAGGGAGCGGCCGCUGCAUCCAGAUGUGGUUUGACUCAGCCCAGGUCAACGCCAAUGAGGAGAUGGCCAAGUUCUAUGCUGCGACCAUGAAUGCUGGGGCCCCGUCCCGUGGGAUUAUUGGUUCCUGAUCCAAGAAGGGUCCUCUGGGGUUCUUCCGACAACCUAUUCUACUAGACAAAUCCACAUGUG